CACGAGCGCUGUUGCCCAAAAAAUCAAUAUUCACUCAGCCAAACCAUUCCAAAGUGCCCUAAAUUGACGUUCGCAAUGCUUAUCCUUUCCUCGCUUCUCGCUGCUGCAUACAGUCUCGCGACAACAGCAAACGCAAUCGCAAUCAACGUAGACGAUAUUCAGAACACACUCGGUCAAACCAUCCAACCCAACACACAGAACCCCUGCGCACUCGCGGAAUCAGCAAGCGUGAAUGCCAGCGUCCAGCUCUCAAGCUGGCUUGAGUGCCAAAUUAACGGCUUCUAUCCCUACCCCGAGAACGGCAAUUGGCCCAUCAUCCGCGACGCUGCGCUCGCAAAGGACAUCAAGUUCACAUUCAACGACACGCACUACAACUACGAAGGCUCGCUGGAUCUGUACCACAGCUUCAACGCAACGCUGGGCGAGAGUUUUGCGCCGUUCCAGCACGGGUUUAUCAAUACGCUGGGUAUACCCAAUGCGAAUGGCGAUAAGGGUGGCUUUGUGUAUAUGAUCGGAUGGGCGGGCGGUAUGCAUAGGUUGGCAAAGCGGACUAUAUAUUUCACUAAUGCUGCGUUUGCUGUCAUCAGGGAUAACGAGGGGAAGAGGCAGAUCGUUGAGUUCCGGGAGAGCAGUAAUAUCCCUAAUACAGCUAAGCUGCCGACACAGAAUGAGUGGACUUGUGGAUUUAAAGAGCACAUGGAGUUGUAGCUGAACGGUGAGUGACCUGUGUAGAAACUUUGGAGGUACAGAGGGACUGCAAAGCAGGGAGAGCAUCGGAAAAUGUUGAAAUGGAUGAGAUAUACAUGCAAUAAUACUGAUCAACUAUCGGUACUGCACCGGGAAUAUCACUGGCGGCAAUC